AUGCUGCCUGUGCCAACAAAGCCCAAGUUGAAGCAGAAGUCGACUCGCAGAGACCUUGAGGAGCUCAAAUUCAGCGGUAGCCAUGCACGGAUGAUCGAACGAAGGAGGAACAGUGGACAGAUCUCGUGUGCUGAAUGCAGAAGACUCAGGAUUAAGUGUAACAAGCAGAUUCCUUGUCAGUCCUGUAGGCACUCUUGUACCACGGUAACCACUAACACUUUCACACGCAUUCAUAGCGAAGGGGUUGCGCAGCACUAUGUCCCAAUGGAAGCCUUUACACAGGUCAAGGAACUCGCGACGGAACACCUCCACCGUCGGGUGUCAAGAAUGAGCGAACGAAUUUGGCAACUGGAAGAUGCACUGAGUGAGCUCCAAGCCCGGUAUUCCACGGAACCGCACCCGCUUCUUCGGCCUGACCUCCUAGGGGCAUCUCAACAUGAUAACGUCAGUCUCCCCUGUGCUAAUAACCCCGAAGUUGCAGAGCCCACCUCUGAGUUGGUGGAAUCGUUGGGUACAUUGUCUAUCUCGGACGGUGGUGCAUCUCGCUUCUUUGGACCGACGGGAGGUUCACAUUGUCUAUUGAUGAGCGAUAAUCUAUCAUCACAAGAAUUUGCCGGCGGUUCGUCUGAUUCGGCGAGGGACUCGACGGGUCCAGAGCUACCCCAUGCAAUUGAAAAAUUUACCCUGCCACUCCUAUUUAAGCCCUUUCAUUCGACUCUCAACGUAGAAAACCUGGUCAGCGACUACUUGCCUACUUGGGAACAAGCACAUCGUUUGGUAGAAGCCUACCUCGAAGAAGCCACCUGGCUAUUCCAUAAUGUCUCUAAGGAUCAGAUCUUGUUUGAGUUGCUGCCUGCGUAUUAUGUGAACAAUAUACCUCAUGUUGCGCAGGCGGACAGCAACCCCCACAGACUCUGCCUCCUUUUCCUUAUUUUUGCGAUUGGUGCUUUGCUUGACGCGAGCCAGAAACCUGGGAAUGCGGAGGCAGAGCAUUAUCACCAGGUUGCGCGUGUUGCAAUCUGUCUUCAGUCCGUGAUGGAGAAGCCAUCUUUGGAAACGAUUCAAGCACUGUACCUUCUCAGCGCAUACAAUGUUAUGAGCGGCAAUGAGUUGGCUGGAAAGGAAACAAGUAUGGAGACAUCUUGGUCAUUAGUGACUUUGGCUGCGCAUCUAGCUCACACGCUUGGACUUCGCGACGGGUGGUAUUUUGGGAUCUAUCUGUGGCAGAUGUUUGGAACUGUCUCGAAGCUGGGAGACCUCCAACCUUCUCUCUUCCAUACAUCGAUUGCCAGUUUCCUGGAGGCGGGUCACCACAGUGAUAAGGUUCACAUCGGCUCCGAUAAUUGUGUCGCAGAUGUCGCUGCACGAACACUGACUUACGAUUUCCCAAGUUAUUUCACUGUCCUCGAGCUCGACCGUAAAGUGCGCAAUUUCCCUGUUACUGAAGCUGCCGAAGAGUUUGUUGCUGCUGCGUCUGGCGCUGUCCCAGCGAAACCCACAGAUAGAGGCAUUGGCAUGAUGGAGUCAAUGGACCGUUUCGUGAUGUCCAAUGCACGGGAAGUCACGUAUCGGGCAUCCUUGACGGUCUUGCAUACAAUCAAGGUGCAAUACGGGCUCCAUCCGAAACUCACUGCCAGAUUUUGGCUAAUAUGGACAUUUGCUUUUUCGGCUGCUAUCGUGUUCGGAACGGUCGUGACACGUGGGCCACGGUCACCUAUGGCAUCCGAUGCAAUGAAAGAGCUUCGCGAUGCUUGUAUUCUUUUCUCUAAAGCAUCAUCACAUAGUCGGAGGGCACAAAAAGCGCUCCCCAUCAUCACGAAGUUGACGGAGAAGGCACAUAAUGCUCUCCUUCAUGCGCGGAGCGAUAUGCCGAACGAGUUGGGUCAGCAGUGGGGCGUCACAAAGAAUAAGGGCGAUGAUGAACUGGCUAUUUUUGCGGGCCGGAUGAAGUUCGUGUCUAUAAGAAGGCAGACAACAGAUGGGACGUCGGAGCGAUGUACGAAUGCCGAUAGGUCAGUCGAGUGGUCAAAUAGUCCAGCACCCGAGUCGCAGCAAGAACAAAAUCAGGUUGAACUUGCAUUGCCACAGUCGUAUGGUCGUGAGCAGUUGGAUCCUGUAUGGCCUCACUGGCAGCCUGGCUCUGCGGCUGAUCCCAAGCAUAUGGAAGAGAUACCGACUGGGUCUACGCUCAUGGAGCUACCUCCAGCGCUACUGCAAAUAUAUCCUGAUGUGGCCAGAGGUGUUGUUCUGCCUGGCCUGGAAUUGAUGCAGUUUCCAAUUGAAAUUAGGCAUGAGCUGCUGGGACCACAGUUCCUUGGAAGUCAGGAGUCUGCUUGA